AUGAGAAGAGUUGUAGUGACUGGGAUUGGAAUGGUCACUCCUUUAGGAAACUCAGCAACUUCUACUUUUCAAGCACUUUGCAAUGGUGAAUGCGGGAUUAGUAGGAUUAAUAAUGAUCAAUUUCGAGCUCUUCCUGUACAAAUAGGCGGAAUACCUAAAUUUCAGCCUGAAUCUUGGCUUUCAAAAUUAUCAAUAAAAUCUCUUUGCAAUACAUAUGCCUUGGCAGCGUGCACAGAAGCGUUAGAACAAGCUAAUUAUAAGAAAAUAAACAAAAAUGAUAUAGGAAUAGUCAUGGAUUCCUGCUCAAGUGACAUAGUGUCAGCUAAUAAAAAGCUGAAAAACAGUGAAAAUUCUCAAGAAAGCGAAUUAGGGCCAUCAUUGUUUAUGGACUCCAGAUCUCGAAUUUUGGCUGAAUAUUUUGACAUUUUUGGGUACAAUAAUACUGUAGUUACACCAUUAGGAGCUUUAGCGUCAGUAGGACAUGGUUUUAAUACUAUACAGGACGGAAAUUCUAAAGCUGUUUUAGUAAUAGGAUCCCAGCACUGUGUAGAGCCUAUUCAUAUACAAGCUUUAGACAAUCUUGGCUUAUUAAAUAGAGAUGACAACGGAACUCCUAAUAACUCAAUGAGGCCAUAUGAUAUAAAUGCUAAAGGAAUUGUCCUAGGUGAAGGCGCUGCAGCAUUAGUAUUAGAAGAUUAUGAGCAUGCUAAAAAUAGAAGCGCAGAAAUAAUUGCAGAAAUAUUAAGCUUUGCAAGGACAAAUGAUGCAAAAUAUAUAUUAAAAGCUGAUGAAGAAGGGAAUAUGAUGGACAAAGCGAUCAGUUUAAGCUUAGAAAGAGCUAAUGUAGAUGAAAAAGAUAUUAGUUUAGUGAUUGGAGAAGGGUCAGGACUGCAUGAAAAAGAUAGGGUGGAAAUACAAGCCUUAGAGAAAUUGCUGAAUUAUCCAUCAGUGACUACGUAUAGAGCUGGAUUAGGAAAUAUGAUGGCAGCUUCAGGGCCAGUCCAAGCAGCACUUGGAGCUAUUUCUAUAAAAGAAGGCAAAGUAUUUCCGAUACACAAUUUUAGCGCUUCUUUUAGGAUUAAGGGAAGCAUACCUGAUAUAGAUUUUGUUAAAAAAUGCAGCAGUUUGGCACUUGAAAAUGUAUUGCUGACAGGAAUUAGUAUUGGUGGGAAUAACUACGCUAUGGUUUUGAGUAAAGCCAAUAGGAAUUAA